UGUCAUUUAAUAAAGUUUUAUGGAUUUUGGAUUAAAAACAAAAAUUUGAAUUGAAUAAAGAUUUAAAUAUUAGACACAGAAGUUUUUGUAAUUUGCUAUAAAAUGGAUUUUCCCGCGACUCCAUCUAACGCUUCUGAUAGCAAUGAUUAUUCAGGGCUCCCACCUUUGCAAAUCGAUACAACGCAAGAUAAUAACAAGCGACGAAGUUCAUCGAGGUCAAUAAAAAGAAGGCGUUUUGAUGAUGAAUUAGUGGAAUACAGCCUGAGUUUAUCCGGUGCUUCGCUGGGUAAAAAUGAGAAGAGAAUGCGUACACAGUCAUAUACCAGCCAAUUGCCAGAGUUUCCCAUACUGGGAAGUGCGCCAGUGACACCCGCGCCGCCACCUCCAGAGCGCCGGCGAGCUUCCAGUAAAAUAUCAGGGAGUGUAGGCCGCAAAUCUCGUCGGAAGGGACAACUCAGUCAGUUGUCUACAAAAGACUUGGGGCGUUGGAAGCCUACUGAUGAUCUCGCUUUAAUAUUGGGAGUGCAACAGACCAAUGAUCUUCGUGUGGUCCACCGAGGUAUAAAGUUCUCAUGCAGAUUCACAGUGGGUGAGCUGCAGUCACGCUGGUAUGCACUGCUGUACAACGCGGAGGUGUCCAGGGUGGCAAUUGCUGCAAUGCGCAACUUGCACCCAGACCUGGUAGCUGCAGUGCAACAACAGGCUUUGUAUUCCAAUGCAGAAGAGGAGCUACUUGGCACUUUAGCCAGUAAUUCUCACCCUGCUCCUGAGAAAUUCCAGGAAUUGUUGGAACAGAACCCUCAUGUGUUCUACCCCACCAGAACUGCCAAAUCCCUCAUGAACCAUUGGCAACUCCUGAAACAGUAUCAGCUUCUGCCUGAUCAAACUGUACAACCCUUGCCUAAAGGCCAAGGUGACAAUGUGAUGACAUUCUCAGACGCUGAGGAAACAAUGAAUGACUCAGAACUGCCAGACUAUAAAGAAGAUGGUAUUGAUGUUGAAAUGCAUCUUGCAGACAGAGUGGAGAAGAAAGACAUUCGCCUGCUGGAGAACUCGCUGUCGCGCUGGCAAGUGCUGGUGCAGUCUGUGGCGGGCGGCGGGCUGGAGCUCGACAAGAACACGCUGGCGGUGCUGCGCGGCCGCCUCGUUCGCUACCUCAUGAGGUCCAGGGAGAUUGCGGUCGGCCGAAGCACCAGGGACCACACUAUCGACGUGGACCUGAGUCUCGAAGGCCCGGCGGCGAAGGUUUCAAGGAAGCAGGCCACAAUCCGGCUCAGAAACAGCGGUGAUUUCUUCAUGUCUUCGGAGGGCAAGCGACCAAUAUUCAUUGACGGGCGACCUGUGCUUCAAGGGAACAAAGUUAAACUGAAUCACAACAGUGUUAUUGAGAUAGCGGGACUUCGCUUCGUGUUCCUGAUAAAUCAAGAACUGAUCAGCGCCAUUCGACAAGAAGCGGUUAAAGUUACCAUACCUGUAUAAUUUGACACAAUAAAGGGUGAUAGUAAAACGAAA